AUCAGCUGACGCCAGUCGUAGCGUCGCAGUCAUUAUUUAUAAAUAAAGAAAAAUAGGAAAAUCGGCUCGAGGAGUCUACUGUCGUUUCAAUUGGCAUAUUAUUGGAGCUAAGAUGGUUGACAUAAAAAGCAAUGUCAGUUUUUCCUGUCAAAGGUGUCUUCAACCACUUAGACUUGACUCCAGUUUCGAUCAUCUUGGGGAGCACACACUCGCUGAAUUAUCACGUAGUACCAAUUCAGCAACAAGUAGUGGGGGAGAUAGAGCCCCAGAGUGGAAGCCUGGAGCACCUGGUUCCGCCAUUCAGAUUGACUGAGUCAGCAAAUGGCACCAAUGGGUUUAUGCUGGUUGGAGAUUCCGGGGAGACCGAGAGUCUCAGUCACCACUUAAGGGUGCGAGCCACCCUGUUCGAUGUCCUCAGCAGUAGCAGUGCAGCAGACCAUCCCCUCUGUGACGAGUGUACGGACAGUCUCCUGAUGCUGAUGGACCAACAGCUCCGAAUGACGGAGAGUGAAUGGUCCGACUACAACGAGUACCUGAAGAAGUUGGAGCUGGAGCAGCAGCAGCACCAGGGGAAUGAGUCGUUGGACAUGGAGAAUCUUGCUAAGGAGUUGGCCGACGUCAAGGCAGAGGAGGAGAGGAUGAUCCAGGAGUUGGAGGCAUUGAGGAAGGAGGAGGCUGCUACCAGAGAUGCCAUUGCUGAGCAAGAAUUGGAGAGGGAGAGGCUGCACCACGAAGAGGAGAGAUAUUGGAAGGAAUACUCCAGGCACAGGAGGGAUCUCAUCCUUGCCGAGGAUGAAUGUCGAAGUUUGGAAUGUCAACUGGCCUAUGCCUCAUCUCAACUAGAAAGACUGAAAAAAACAAACGUAUUCAAUGCAACAUUUCACAUAUGGCAAUCAGGCCACUUUGGCACGAUAAAUUCAUUCAGACUGGGCCGGCUCCCAACAGCUCCAGUCGACUGGAGUGAAAUCAAUGCGGCUUGGGGACAAACGACGUUACUCCUCACAGCACUGGCCAGGAAGAUGAAUCUCACCUUUCAACGAUUUCGUCUUGUACCAUUUGGCAAUCACAGUUAUGUGGAAGUGCUGGACCAGCAGAAGGAGCUGCCACUCUAUGGCAGCGGAGGAUUUAAAUUGCUCUGGGAUACCAAGUUCGAUGCUGCCAUGGUAGCUUUUCUCGAUUGUCUGCAGCAGUUCAAGGAGCAGGUGGAGAAGGGAGACAGCGGAUUCUGCUUACCUUAUAAGAUGGAUCGGGGAAAGAUUGAGGAUUCUGCUACUGGCAAUUCUUAUUCUGUUAAGAUUCAAUUCAACUCCGAAGAACAGUGGACCAAGGCACUGAAAUUUUUACUCACAAAUCUCAAGUGGGGCCUUGCAUGGGUCAGUUCGCAGUUCUCGAAGGACGAAGCUGAACAAUAACUCUAGUUUCUCGUCCCAUUCUCUUGAAGAGGAGAGAAUAAUGCUCUCCCUACAUUGUACAUACUUGUUUUUCUCCUUUUUGUAAAUAAAUAAAUUUGAUUUAA